AUGGCACUGUAUCGACGUCUCGCUUCCCAGCCAUCCCCACAAGACCGCGGAUACGAAGCGGUUGGCAGCACUGAUGCCGCGAACGACGAUAGUGGCGACAGGCCCAAGCCAGAUGGCGAGGAAGAGUCUGUACUUCGAGGCAUCCGCGUCAUGCUCCUCGCACUACCGGCUAUUUGCGACAUUUGCGGCACUACACUCAUGAAUGCCGGCUUACUUCUAGUCGCCGCAUCCAUCUACCAGAUGACGAGAGGCGCCCUAGUCCUGUUCGUUGGUCUCUUCAGCGUAAUGUUUCUCAGGAGGCGCCUUCACCUAUUCCAGUGGCUGUCCCUCGUGGGCGUCGUUUUGGGUGUCGCCGUUGUUGGCUUAGCUGGCGCUAUCUGGCCCGAUGAGAAACAGGUAUCUCGGAGUAGUAUCAACUCUGUCAUUGACGAGGUUUCGGAGGGGGGGCUUUCAGACGCUGCCAGGGCUAUAAUUGGGGUACUUCUGAUUGCUGGCGCUCAAAUUUUUACAGCAACCCAAUUUGUGUUGGAGGAAUGGAUGCUCGAGAAUUCCACCAUUGCGCCGAUCAAGGUUGUCGGGUGGGAAGGUAUUUUUGGCUUCUCGGUCACGCUUGCAGUCAUGAUUAUCAUGCAUUUGUUGGUUGGGCGUACAGAAGCUGGACGCUAUGGGCCGUUUGAUAUGGUUGAAGGUCUCCGUCAAUUGUGCCAACCAAAGAUUUGGGUCUCAAGUAUUCUUAUUAUGAUAAGUAUUGGCGGCUUUAAUUUCUUUGGCCUGUCAGUUACUCGAAGCGUUAGCGCCACGUCACGAUCAACUAUCGACACCUGUCGAACGUUGUUCAUAUGGAUUGUGUCGCUGGGUCUUGGCUGGGAGUCAUUCAAAUUUCUCCAAAUCGUUGGUUUCGCCCUGCUAGUGUAUUCAACUUUCGUCUUCAACGGGAUCGUACAGCCUCCACUAGAUAGUUUGCGCGUUGAAGGGGAGGUAGAGGAGUUACUUCCCGAGGAACCCAUCGAGCACCAGUAG